CGAAAUCCCCACAAUAAGCCUCUGACCGGCUCAUUUACACAUGACGCCUUCCUUGGGUAUUUUUCCAAAGAAGACACCUUGCCAGGCUCGGGAGAUAACAAGAAGACAUAGUGGCCAGUGGCUGCCGGCCGGAAGGACUCUCGCGGCUUCCUGAGCUGAUUCCUGAGAAGCUGCCACCAGGGCUGGGACUUUGGCCGCAGGGCGCGGGGCGGCGGGCGCCACCUUGGCCGCUGUGCAGCGCGCAGGCCCCGCGGUCCCCAGGCGCGCGGUUCGGUCCCCAACGAGCCGGUCCUCCAUUCCGGCAUCACCCACCGACGUCUGGCGGCUCCUUCCUGCCGCCGCCCUGUGCAGCUGCGACUUCCCGGAGGCGCCGCCGUCCCAGGUCCGGGUAAAGGCGCAGGCGGUCCCCAGAGGAUGGCUUCCGCGAGCCUGCUGCCGCAGCUAUGCAUGAUUGUAGUCUGAUUUUGGAAUGCAGAAGCCAACCUGGAGUCUUGGUACUCAACUCGGCCUAAAAGUAGCAUUCUUUAAAAGGAACAGCUUGGGACUAGACCCCGUCUCUACGAUUACCCUUCUCUAUGGUGGGUUCUUGAUGGACUUGUUUCUCUUCUGCUGGCAACUCCUGGGCAGGAGACAUGGCUCUGGUCAGAUGGGGGCUGAGAAGACAGAACUUCCAUCCAUUGAGGAGGAGGAAAGCGUUGCUGCUGAAAGUCACAGUCGUCAUUAUCUCUGUGCUUCUGUUUUGUGAAUAUUUCAUCUACUACCUUGUCCUCCUUCGAUGCCGUUGGCCUGAGGUGAAGAUGCUAGCCCAUGGCAGUAGGCAGGAUCCUGUAGUGAAAGCCAUGUUUCUGGCUGACACUCAUUUACUUGGGGAGAUAAGAGGCCACUGGCUGGACAAAUUACGAAGGGAGUGGCAAAUGGAGAGAGCUUUUCAGACAGCUCUGUGGUUGCUGCAACCGGAAGUCGUUUUCAUCUUGGGAGACAUCUUUGAUGAAGGGAAGUGGAGCUCUGCCCAGGCCUGGGCAGAUGACGUGCAGAGGUUUCAGAGAAUGUUCAGACAUGGCAGCCAUGUGCAGCUAAAGGUGGUCAUUGGCAAUCAUGACGUCGGCUUCCACUACCAGAUGAGUAAAUACAGAGUAAAGCGAUUUGAGAAAGUGUUCGGCUCUGAAAGGCUGUUCUCUCUGAAAGGUGUUAAUUUUGUCAUGGUCAACAGCGUUGCAAUGGAAGGGGAUGGUUGUAUCAUAUGCUCUGAAGAGGAAGCUGAACUCAGAGAGAUCUCUCGUAAACUGAAUUGCUCCCAAGAGCAGGUGCGGGGAUCCAGCCAAUGUGACCGUGAGCCACGGCUCCCCUUGUCUGCUCCCGUGAUGCUGCAGCACUACCCACUCUACCGGGCCAGCGAUGCUAAUUGUUCUGGUGAAGAUGCAGCUCCUCCAGAGGAAAGGAACGUCCCCUUUGAGGAGAAAUAUGAUGUUCUUUCUCGGGAGGCCUCACAAAAGCUGUUGUGGUGGCUCCGGCCUCGUCUGGUUCUGAGUGGCCACACGCACAGUGCCUGCGAGGUGCUCCAUCCCGGAGGAGCCCCCGAGGUGAGCGUCCCAUCCUUCAGUUGGAGGAACAGAAACAACCCAAGCUUCAUUAUGGGCAGCCUAACAUCUAGAGAUUACGCUCUCUCCAAGUGCUUCCUCCCGUUUGAGGACACGGUGCUGACCACGUACGGGGCAGCGGCUGCCUUCCUCACGAUUGUCAUCUUAGUUCACUUUGAACAUCUGCCCUCAUCUUUUCUGUUUGGUUGGAAACUGUGCAGGUUGCACAUGAGAAGAUGAAGGGCCGGCAAUUGUUGCAUAUGGUCAUAUAAAUCAAAGCCAAAGACUUCCAGCGGGGCUCCUGUGAGUUAAGGAGGAGAGCAAAUGUUGGUUGUUCCUAUGAACAUCAUGGGGAUUCUGAAUCACCAAUGCCAGCGACUGCAGUAUAAACAGUUGACUGUACUGUUCUCAUCCUAUAAAAAUGGAAUGUGUACUCUGCAACCAAUUCAUCUUUUCAUUUCAUGAAAUAUAUGUAUAAUCAAAGGUUCCAUCUGUAUAGAAUGUAAAUGUCAUGGACACUAUCACUCGCAUGCGUGACACACAGCCCUUUCUUCUAUAGGAAGGACCCAGCAGCUUUGGUGCACAGUCGAGACUAUGUGUGCUCGUAAAAGCUGGGUUUUCUCUCUUCUUCUAUGAAGUGGCUCUCAGUUUCUUAUAGAUCAUGAAGUUAUAUGCUCAAAAGUACAGAUUCAAUGUGUAGGACUAAAGACUUUUCGUGUUUCUGUGCUCAUGGAAUCGGAUUUUUAGAGACAUGUAAUUUUCUUUCCAGGAGACCAUGUUAUCGCAUCUGAACUCAAUGCCUGUUCAUGAUUAAAACUUGAAAAAAAAGAUCAGGGAGGAUAUAGAUGUUUGAAUUUAAGAACAAAUGGUGUAAUAAUUCUGUCAGAUAAAGCACAUUCUUUUUCUUAA